AUGCCCAUUCGGUUACUGUCUCUCUCAGUGGUCAUUCUAUUUCUAGCUACGUCUACAUACUCGCAACUAAACGAUGGCGAUGCUUCAUUUGGAGAUGCACCACACUCACACAGACGGUUGUACGGAAUCAGGAGGCUGAGGAUGCUCCGCCCCAUACCUCAAGACAUUGAACAUUCUCCAACCCAUCAGUUUGUUGAUCGUAGGCGUCAACCUACCCGAUUCUCCUCCGAAGAUUCUGAUCAGGAUCAGGUGCUUGUCCCGAGGGCAGUGGCGCCUCCAAGAGCAGCUCGUCCAGCAGUUACAUCAGCAGCUACAGAAUCAGCAGAGACGUCUGGAGAAUCAACGACGUAUAUUGUUCAGACUCCAACGAAGUUUGGAAAAAGUUUAGAUGAUGCUAGAAGAAAGAGAAUUGAAGCCAGAUGGAAGAGGUUGGGUAUCAAUUUCAAAACUAUCAAUCAUCCACUUCUCAAUACCGAUUCUGAGCUCCCACAUAACUCCCACGGUCACCACUACACGAUUCGCCAACUGAAUGCCCCUCAUAAAAAGAUAGAAAAAAUGGUUGAAGUUGAAAGACCACAAGUAGAACAACCAAUCCUUCAUGUUGUCAAUCCAUUGGAUCAAGGAUUUGUACCGUCCGAACCACAACCGCAACUGAUCCCGGCCGAGCUCCCCGUAUCUGGAAACUAUCACUCUCGUACCAAACCUAUUCUGAAAGGUGUCAAAUUUGUGCAAGAAAAAUUGUCCGUUCGCCCUCGUUUGAGGAUUCGUCGUCCUGGAGAGAAAGCUGAACUUCCAAUGCCAGAAGAUCCAAAUUUGACUCCAUUCAUGAACAAUGCCAGAGCCAAAUUUGGUUAUGGAACAACUACUCUUCCACCAGCAACCACAACAGUAUAUGUUCCACCAACGACUGCAUCCAGAAGACCAACAACGACCACAACGACCACAGAAGCCCCAGAAAUAGCCUCUUUCGGAAUUUCCGGAGGUGAUUCUGAAAUCAUCGACACUGGAGAUUCGGGUCUAGUUGGAAACGGAGACUCUGGUCUUACUGGAGACUCUGGUCUCGGUGGAGAUUCCGGUGUGCUUGGACCUCCAGGAGAUUCUGGGGCUGGUUUUGGAUUCGGACCAUCUGAACUGCCACCAGAGUUCCAAAAUGUUGGAUUUGGAGUAGGAGGAGGAGAUAAUGGAUUCAACUUCAACGUUCCUGCAGAUAAGAUGGAAGCUAAAAAAGAACCAACAACAACAACAACACUAGCACCAACUACCACUACUACAAAGAAACCAGUGCCUAAGAAGCCAAAGCAUGUUCAGAGAAAACAACCAAACCCAGCCGUUGAUAAGGACGAGCCAGUUGUCAUUCCACAAAACUCGGGACUUCGGCCAGUUUCUCCACCUAAAGAAUUCUCCGGAGCUGGUGGAUUCGGAAGCUUCGGAGGAGGCGGCGGCGGAUUCGGAGGCGGAGGCGGAGGUGGAGGAUUCGGAGGAGGCGGCGGUGGAUUCGGAAGUGGAUCAGGACUUGGAGGAGCAGCUCCACCAGCACCACCACCACCGUCCGGACCAGACCCAGACUUUGGAGGAGACACAGGAGCAGCGCCAAGCGAAGGAGACUAUUUCACUGGAGAAUCAGCAUUGACAAGAUCCAAGGGUCCAACUGGAGAUGGGUAUGGACCACCAGUAUUCCCAGGAGGAGCUGCUCCACCACCAGUUCCAGCUGUCGGUCUCGGAGGAGCAGCUGCUGGAAAGUCUCCAUACAGUGGACAGGCUGUGGAUCAAGUUGAGAACUCAGUUACCACAGUGAAACCAUCUGCACUUUUGAGUGUUUUGAGCAAGGCAGAUACUGGAUUCAAUCAAGUCAUUGAUCAUUUUGAGAACGGAACUCCACCAGAAGCUGCAUUCAUUGAUAUUCUGGAAGUUGCUCUUGGUUCUCAAAAGCUUGAUUCUCAAGCCAAACUUUUGGGACAUGUGGAUAGAACCAUCGGAUUAGACAACCUUCAGAGGAUUCAACGGUGGGCUAACACUGCUGGAGCUAUGGAUGUUUUCAAGGAUCAGUUCCUGAAGUUCGCCAAAAAUUUCCAACCACCGCCAGAUCUCUUGCCAACAGUUCCUCCACAACUCGAGUAUCUUUUCAAAACUUCAGGAAAGUAG